AUGAAACCAUCUAAACUGCAAGAUCAUCUGAGAAGAUGCCACCCUGAUAAAACAGAGAAAGAUUUGAAAUACUUUCAAACACUCAAAGAUAAAUUUCAGAAGAGACCUACACUGGACAGAAUGUUCGCUUCGACGUCACAAAGAAAUGAUUAUGGUUUGCGGGCGUCUUACAAUAUCUCGUUACUUAUAGCAAAAUCCGGAAAACCGCAUACUAUCGGAGAGAAGUUAAUUUUGCCAGCCGUUGAAGAGGUUUUAAAAACUGUUUUACACAAACCUGCAUCUGAUAUCAUUAAAAUAAUUCCCUUAAGCAACAAUACUGUUGAAAGACGUAUUGAUGAAAUGAGUUCUGAUAUUGAAAGCUUCUUAUGUAAUUAUUUUCAAACGACCCAUUUCUCUAUACUACUGGACGAGUCAACUUUACCUGAUAAUGCAGCAUUAUUAUUGGCAUAUGUUCGUUUUAUUAUGAAUCAAGAAAUCUACGAAGAACUGCUCUGCGCAAGAACUUUGAUAACCGAUACUAAAGGUGAAUCAAUAUUUCAUGUUUUGAAGGAUUACUUCAUUGAAAAAGCAAUUCCUUUAUCAAAUAUAAUAUCAGUAGCUACACAUGGAGCACCUGCCAUGUAUUUGAUCAAUAUCAAUAUAAGGUCCAGAAACGAAGAGCCUGAAAACGAGAACGAAAUCCUUCUGCAUGGGAACUUAAUAUGCUCAAAGAAAAAGGAAACAGGUGUGAGUCGUAUGCAUGUUUUCGAAAAAAAGUAG